AUAUAACAUAACCAAUAAAAAUACUUAGCAUGAUGACGAUGAUGAUCAAGUUUCUGCUGUUAACUCUUCUCGUGAUCUCUCCGAUUUGCGCCGAGAAGGACCUGAUGAUAAAGGAAUGCAACAAUGCACAAGUCCCGACCAUUUGCAUGCAAUGUCUUGAAUCCGACCCAAUCUCCGUUCAUGCCGACCGUGUUGGCAUCGCCGAGAUCAUCAUACACUGUCUCGACUCUCGCCUCCAUAUCAUCACCAAUAACAUAACGAAUCUAUUGUCACGAGAAAGAAAACGCGAAGUGAAAACAGUUUUGAAGGCUUGCGAAAAUGAAUUGUCCACGGUGGGAUCUCAUACACUGUCGGAAGCCGAAACAGCUCUGACAACCGGUGAUUACGACAAAACCGCCAAAUCGAUAAAGAUUGCGCUUGGCAUCCCUCAUGGCUGUCGUUACGAGCUACAAAGAAUCAAGUUUGAGUCUUUCGAGCUAUAUAGCCAAAUCAAUAUCUAUACUCAACUCUCUGAUGCUGCUAUGAGGAUCAUUGAUCGCUUCUAAUAACUCCUCCUUUUUUAUCUCUAUGUAACUCAACAUCGAUGCUUACCAUGCAUCCCCAAAUUAAAUAAAAUAAAUGAUUCCCUCUUUU